AUGCCUGGGGGAUCAAGCGACCCUCGACUCUUCUUCAGCCUUGACAACGUGCGGGCAUACCAUAUCCAGAAUGGCGAGGAGACGGACCUCACCCCCUCAGGGCCUCAGACGCUGUCUCUCCUCAUGGUACCUACAACCAUCCCUGUUGUAGACCCAGCCAACCCGAACGCUGCGUCAGGGAACACAGAGGAAGACUUCUACCUCCAUCUUCACUUGCCUCCAGAGCUCGAGUUGCCGCUACCCGCCACCACUCAGGUCUACCAUCAGCCGCCAGACAGCUAUCUGAUUCCAAGAUGGGAUCUAGGGCCAGAAACCGGUGCGUUCACCCGCAUUCAGUUCCCUAAGAUCGGAAGCGGACCUGGAAUGGUAUCGCAGGAAGAUGUCGACACAUUUGAGACUAUUCUUGCGCAGUGUACCGCUUUUCUUGAACGGUCUCCACCACCGAAGCCCCACGGCAAGCAGCAGCAAAAACAGCAGCAACAGCAGGGAGGAUAUAACCCUGCAACAUACGCACCCGGAGAAGGGUAUGUGGGAACUGGUGAUGAGAAGACCGGCCAGAUUGUUCUGGUCGACGAGGAGAAUGGGAGUGUGGUCGGAGAGCUCACUGAGGGGUUCGAUGUCGUGCAGUCGACAGAUGUCAAGCCCGGGUCAAAAGACCCUGUUCAAAUCCAACUGCCCGAGAAAGGCAACCAGAUCACUGUCAGCAAUGCGCCGCCGGAGUACCUACGUAUGGCAAGCCACCCUGCAUACGCAAAGUCGUCACUAGUCCAAGGUUCAGCCAUGGCUUCUCGUCUUCUGGUGACUACCUCCGAAGCACUGGCCAGCCUGUUGAACACUGGAGCAGACAGCUUUACCCGGAGUACCAAGCCCGCUGCCAAACCCAUGACAUUCUCGCCAUCCGCACAGGCACACAUUCGCAAGAUCAACACCUUCUCAUCUUCCGCGGCCGGCCUCUCAUCCAAGACCGUCGGACAGCUAGGAAAAUAUGCGCAGAACUUGGGUGCGGCAUUGACUCGGCGUGGGGAGCGUGAUCCGCAUAACAGAGGAUACGACAUCAACGGCAAGCCGAUACCAGACUACAAGCCCGGCAUUCUCAACAAGUCGAUGAUUGCGAUUUCGACCCUGGGCGACGGCCUCGAUCACAGUGCUCGCCAUCUCCUGUCUACCGGCUCUCUGGCUGCGACCAAAGUCAUGGGCCACCGGUACGGCGAAGAGGCGCGCGCGGUGACGACGGAUCUUACCGGCGGCGUCAAGAACGUCGGGCUAGUCUACAUUGACGCGAUGGGCGUUUCAAGACGAGCAAUCCUCAAAUCGGUGGCCAAGGGGAUGGUAGUCGGGCGCAUGAAGGACGGACACCAGCUUGUCGUCGGUGGCGGCGAUGGCGGGCAGAUCGGAUCAGGCGUUCCCUCUCCACCGUCUGGCAAGCCGGAGUCAGGCCUCUCGGCUCAGUUUGGAGCAUCGUCAUCGCCAUCGUCCCCGGGGCCGAUGUAUCGCUCGCAGUCACCGGCUCCGCCACCAGCGUAUGGCGCCAAAGGGGGAAAGUCGCUGGGCGGAACCCCUAUGAACGACAGUCACAAAUACCAGUGA